CAUCAUACAUACCUCAUACCCGCAACGAUCCUCCCAAUAAUCUCAAUCUAACUAGUACUACAGCUGCAAAAUACUCCCGCCCUAACCCGUACUACAGCUGGUGGUCUCUUCACUAUUCACACAAUCACACCUGGUGGUUCUUGCAAUCUUGCUCCUCGGCCCUAACCACUCACCACCGGCGCCAACUUGUUCUCUCCGGCCUCCGCCAGUCGCCAACUCGCCACCGUCCUCACUGUCCUCAACUCUUCACGCCUGACGCCAGGGCAGUGACGGCAAGGAGGAAGAGAUAUGAGUGCGGCGACAGGGUUGAAGAAUAUGGUGGCAGCUGCUGCUUUGAGAGGAGUAACAGAGGCAAGGGCUCAAAUAUUUGGGCAUGUACUUAACCCCAUGUCUCAAAGAUCUGCUCAUAAAGUACUCAGGAAGAAGCUCAUCGGUGAGAAAGUUGCUGAAUGGUAUCCCUACGACAUUAAGCAUGAUGACCCUGUUGUCAUGGCUCAGAAAGAAGAAGAGCGCUUGAGUAAGCUUGAAAUGUUGAAGCGUCGUGGAAAGGGACCUCCAAAGAAGGGGCACGGAAAGCGUGCUUCUAAACGCAAGUAGAGGCUGACUGAUGGCACCCACAGUAAGAAUAAUUGAAGCAGUUGCAACAGAAAACUAGAUUUAGAGCUUUUGAAUAUGGUUCAUUUGCAUGGGAUGUUACCCUUUAGUGAUACUCCACAAUCUUUUAAGCUUCGGUUGUUUUGGACUUAUUUUCAGCCAAUGCAGUUUCUCGUAGUUCAGUUAGGUUUAGUUCGGUUCAUGCACUCUCUUAUGUUUAGUUUUCUCGCUUUUCAGUUCCUUUUGUACCAAAAGGACGGGGCCUAAAUUCGAUCUAGAUUUUGUCAAGCAUAAUCUCCGCAUCAGAUAAACAUUCUAAAUCCCAUGACUUUUUUUAAUUAAUUAAUUUAUUUAUUCAAAA